UUCACAUGUACAUCCACUGGACCCACAAAGAUAUGCCAACAUUUGCCACAUACUGAACAACAUUAAUUGUUAGCAAAUGUUUCGGUAUUAUUUUAAAUCUAAAUAUGCAGUAAUGCUUUAGAUUCUCCUUCAUAAUGCCUUGAGGUUUAAAGUAGCCUAUAUAAGACACGUCUAAAUUAAAUAAAAAUCAGCAAGCCAGAAUUACAAUAUUUUCCAAACUCAAAACUACACUCCAGUAGGGGGCGCUAAUGCGCAUUAAAGCGGUUUACAAACUAUCAUAAAACGUAAAAGAAGAAGAUUGUCGUCCUGAGAAGAAAUAACAGGAGAAAUCCGUGCAGAAACAGCUGAAUUCUGUGUGCUGUAAUAUAGUAAAGAUGGAGUUUAUUAAAGAGGAGAUUGAAGACAUGAGUGAUCCAGAACUAUCCAGAAUAAAACAUGAAGAUACUGAGGAACAAAUAGACUGGAUGGAAGUGAAGCAGCAAAGAAAAGACAUGAAUGAAGUGAAGGAGGAAAGUCACAUCUUCACAACUCAAGGAAUAAAAGCUAAUAAGUCACACACCUGCUCUCAGUGUGGAAAGAGUUUCACACAAAAAGGAAACCUUAACAAACACAGAAGAAUUCACUCUGGAGAAAAACCGUAUACAUGCACUCAGUGUGGAAAGAGUUUUAAUUGUACAUCAGUUCUUAGUAAUCAUCUGCUCCUUCACUCUGGAGAAAAAGCAUUCAACUGUGAUCAGUGUGGUAAAAAGUUUAUUUCGUCAUCACAGCUUAAAAACCACCUGAAUGUUCAUUCAAAUGAGAGGCCUUAUGUGUGUUCUUUCUGUGGAAAGAGUUUUUCAAGGCUGAUAAGUUUUAAACUGCACAAAAAUAUACAUAAAGAAGUGAGAGAUCAUGUGUGUUCGGAGUGUGGGAAGAGCUUCACUACAAUUGCCCAAUUGAAACGACACCAAAUAAUUCAUACUGGAGAAAGACCUUACAAGUGCUCAUAUUGUGACAAGAGUUACACUGUGUCUGGAAAUCUGAAAGUGCACGAGCGACUUCAUACUGGAGAGAAACCAUAUUAUUGUGCUCAGUGUGGAAUUGGUUUUGCACGUAAAGACAGUCUUAAGAAACACACAAGAAUUCACACUGGGGAAAAGCCAUUCGCUUGCCAUCACUGUGGAAAGAGUUUCAUACAAAAACCACAUCUUAUCAAGCACAUAAGUAUUCACACUAGACAAAAGCUUUACACUUGCUCUCAGUGCGGAUUGAGCUUCACAUUUGAAUACAAACUUAAAAUACAUCUACGUGUUUGUACUGGAGAGAAAUCAUACACCUGUCCUCUGUGUGGAAAGACUUUCGCACAUAAAUCAAGUCUCGGUUGUCAUCUGCGGGUUCACUCUGGAGAAAGACCUUAUAAGUGUCCACGUUGUGACAAGAGUUUCACUCGGUCAGGAACCAUGAGAAAACAUGAGCGACUUCAUUGCAAAACCACCAUAGAUUGCUGAGAGACCGUAACACUGCUUAUAUGGGAAGAGUUUCACCCAAUCAGGAGGUUUCUUUACUCCCAUCAUAGAAGUUGCUGAAAUUGACACUCAAAAUUUUCACAUUUCUGGGUUUUGAACACAGAGGUCUUCUAAAUUAGUGUAAAUAAAGUAUUUUUUAUUGCACAUUCUGUCAGGCUGGCUUGUGUGCUAGGUAUUGUAUGUCUAGGAUACAUUAAUGCCAUCUGUUUAUGACUAUAAAUGUGUACUAUAUAUAUAUAUAUAUAUAUAUAUAUAUAUAUAUAUUAGGGGUAGAGAUGGGUAUCGUUUAGGUUUUACUGGUAUUACUACUCUUACCAAUACUGCUUAUCGAUACAGUACUUUAAUGGUAUGCUUAUCGGUUCUUUUGUUAUAUUUUUUU